GUGAUGGUUGAUGAUUGGCUGGUCAGGGCAUGGGAGUCCGGAGGCUGGCGUUUCUGUGCGGUGCUCAUCCCCGUGUCCGUGUUUACACCUCAAGCAUUACCGUGUGGAGGGGCGAGCGAGAGGAUGAGGAGGGCUCGGAGAUAGCAGCUGGCGAGAGCGGAGAGAUAAGCACCUCGACACUGGAGAGUAGAGGACGCUUCCUUGUUUCCUGUCUGUCGAAAAGGGGGACUGCUCUGUGUACCGAAUUUAGUUUUGUUUUCUACACAUGCAAGUUGUAGUCUUUGUUAUUUUCUUUCUCGUAAAGGACUAUUCGUGGAUAUGGUGCUCUGACAAACCAAAACUUUCGAUUUUGUUGCUUCCUCGGUUUGCUGUUGACCCAGGCGCGGGUGGAGUUGGCAGAAAAGAUCAUAUCGCAGCUCGCCUCAGAAAGCACAUUGUUUGACAAGUUUAUGUUGAACGAGAUUGCUUGUAAUAAAGAACCGCGGACUAAAAUUAGAAGCAUCGGAGAGUCCAAGGGCUACGUCGGCUUUCCGAGAGCACCUGGUGUCAUUUCUCAUUGGCGUGACCGGGGAAAGAUGCUCUCUCUAUGGAUACGUCGCGGCGAGGGUCUCGGUCCUCUGGUGGUGCUGCUCCUGCUCUGCGGUUCUUCCGUCGCCGAAGCAGACAGCAGUGACUACAGCGAGGUUCUGCCGGACUCCUUCCCGUCAGCGGCAGCAGAACCACUCCCAGAGUUCCAGCUGGAGCCCGAGGACGCCUUCAUUGUGAAGAACCGGCCGGUUCAGCUUCGGUGCCGAGCUGCACCCGCCACGCAGAUCUACUUCAAGUGCAAUGGGGAAUGGGUCAACCAGAAUGACCAUGUGACCCGAGAGAGCCUGGACCAAAUCACAGGGCUGGUGGUGAGGGAGGUGGAUAUCUCCGUCUCUAGAACGCAGGUAGAAGAGCUCUUUGGCCUGGAGGAUUACUGGUGUCAGUGUGUCGCCUGGAGCUCCGCCGGAACCACCAAGAGUCGCCGCGCAUACGUCCGCAUCGCAUACUUACGAAAGAACUUCGAGCAGGAGCCGCUGGGCAGAGAGGUGCGUCUGGAUCAGGAAGUUCUACUGCAGUGUCGUCCCCCGGAGGGAAUACCCCCGGCAGAGGUGGACUGGCUGAAGAAUGAGGACACCAUCGACCCGGGCCAGGACUCCAACUUCCUGAUAACGAUCGACCACGACCUCAUCAUUAAGCAGGCGCGCCUGUCUGACACGGCCAACUACACCUGUGUGGCUCGCAAUGUGGUGGCUAAGAGGCGGAGCAGCACCGCCACUCUCAUCGUCUAUGUGAGCGGCGGUUGGUCAUCCUGGACAGAGUGGUCUGAGUGCAACGCACGCUGUGGGCGGGGCUGGCAGCGACGAACACGCAGCUGCACCAAUCCCGCACCGCUCAAUGGAGGGGCUUUCUGUGAAGGACCACCUUUCCAGAGGGUCACUUGCACUACUCUGUGCCCAGUGGACGGCGGCUGGACGGAGUGGGCUAAGUGGUCUGCCUGCGGGACGGAGUGCACUCACUGGCGCAGCCGAGAGUGCCAGGCGCCCCCGCCCAGGAACGGCGGGAGGCACUGCAGCGGGAGCAUGAUGGAGAGCAAGAACUGCACCGAGGGGCUGUGCACGCGCAAUAAAAAGGUUUCUAUUGAACAUGCAAGUCAUCCUCUGGACCCAGGGGCAGGCGUAGCGGUGUACGCAGGCCUGGUGGGGGCGCUGCUGCUCUGUGUGGUGCUGGUGCUGUGUGUGGGCGUGUUGGCGUACCGACGCAGCUGUCGACAUCUCCACGGCGACAUCACAGACUCCUCGUCCGCCCUCACCGCUGCCUUCCACCCCGGCAACUACAAGCCCCCAAGACAGGAUAACCCCCACCUGCUGCACGCAUCCGCCCCUCCCGACCUGACGGCCACGGCCGGCUCACUCCGGGGGCCCCUCUUCUCCCUGCAGCAGGGCGCGGCCGACGCCCACCACAAGAUCCCCAUGACGACCUCGCCCCUGCUGGACCCGCUGCCCAGCCUGAAGAUCAAGGUGUACAACUCGUCCACGCUGUCGUCGCUGGAGCUGCCCACCGGGGGGAGCUCUGUGGACGGAGAGAUCCUCAGCCUGAAGACCGUGGGCUCCGGCCCUCGCGACCCCCACGGCCACACCCUUCCCCGGGAGCCAGGGCACAGCGCCAGCGCCACCCUGGGCUGCCUGGGAGGAAGACUCACCAUCCCCAACACAGGUGUGAGUCUGCUGGUGCCCCCGGGUGCGAUUCCACAGGGGAAGUUCUAUGAGAUGUACCUUAUCAUCAACAAGUGGGAGAAAACCACGUUGCCGUCGGAGGGCAGUCAGACGGCGCUAAGCCCGGUGGUGUGCUGCGGACCCUCGGGCAUGCUCCUCAGCCGCCCCGUCGUGCUCACCCUCCCCCACUGUGCCCAGCUGGACCCGCCCGACUGGACCCUCACCCUCAAAACACAGACUCACCAAGGAGGCUGGGAGGAGGUGCUGACGGUCGGGGAGGAGACCCUGUCGUCACCCUGCUACCUGCAGCUGGAGGAACAGAACUGCCACGUCCUGAUGGAGCAGCUGGGCACCUACAGCCUGGUGGGGCAGUCCAUCCCCCCGCAGCCUGCCUGCAAGCGCCUGCAGUUGGCGCUCUUCGCCCCGCGGGCCCCCUGCCUCUCCCUGGACUACAGCCUGCGCGUAUACUGCAUCCAGGACACGCCCCAUGCCCUUAAGGAGGUUUUGGAGCUGGAGCGCAGUCUGGGCGGGGUGCUGCUGGAGGACCCCAAGCCCCUCCUCUUCAAGGACAGCUACCACAACCUGCGCCUGUCAAUCCACGACAUCCCGCAUUCCCAUUGGAGGAGCAAACUUCUGGCCAAGUACCAGGAGAUCCCAUUCUAUCACAUCUGGAGCGGCAGCCAGCGGCCGCUACACUGCACCUUCAGCUUAGAGCGCGGCAGCAUGGCCGUCUCCCAGCUCACCUGCAAGAUCUGCGUCCGCCAGGUGGAGGGGGAAGGGCAGAUAUUCCAGCUCCACACCGACAUCCAGGAGACACAGGCGCCUCACUCCCCCCUCCCGUCCGGAGGUACCUGCGUGCCCUCCUCCCAGGUGGGGCCCUACGCCUUCCGGCUGCCUGCCUCCAUCCGCAUGAAGAUCUGUGCCAGCCUGGAUGCCCCUAGCGCGCGCGGCUGUGACUGGAGACUUCUCGCACACAGCCUGGGCUUCGACAGGUAUCUGAAUUACUUUGCAACAAAACCCAGCCCCACAGGUGUGCUGCUGGACCUAUGGGAAGCCUGUCACCAAGGUGACGCAGACCUGGUGUCCCUGGCGACUGCACUCGAAGAGAUGGGCAAGAGCGAAGUGCUUGUUGUCAUGACGACCGACGGGGAUUGCUGAUUGGUCCAGGCAGAGAGGCAACCGACAAAAAAAAAAAAAAUCCCACCGAUACAUACCUGUGGACAUGAGCACAGCUGUCACACCUUAACCCCAAGCACCACACGAAGCCCAUGCUGUUCUCCAUCACACCUGCUUUACCUCAGCCUCCACACAGGCCCCCCAACGGCUUUCACUCCCGCUCAGAACCACCUCACGGUUGGUAGCCUGUUCCCCAGGCUGAUCUUUUGGAUCCCACGUCCGAGCCUUCUGAUAAGACAAUGCCGCAUUGUGAUUUCUGAGUCAUUUGCUCAUAUACAAUGUGAUCUCAGAUUAGGGAUGUGAAAUGCAUAUUAUUAUGUUUUUUUAUUUGUUUCUUUACUCAAAUCUUAUUGAGACUUUUAGCACAUAUAUAUUUACAUAGUCACACAAAACAAAACGGUCCGAGACAAUCAGUCGAGGGCUGCCUCUCUCUCUCUCUCUCUCUCUCUCUCUCUCUCACACACACACACAUACUCUC